UCUACUUGAUUAUCCAGUUUACGAGAACUCACAAGAGGAUGGAACAGUCUCUUUCUUCACUGUCAUUUCUUGUCCUCGUUUCCCUGUGUAAAGCGCUGACCAUUAAUGAUAUUUGCACUAAUGGAAGGCCAUGCCCUGAAUACACUUUGGUUGCAUUGAAUGAGGAUUUUGAAAGCCGUUUGUAUGUUGAAACCCGUUGGAUUACCACUCAAAUAAAAGAUGAUCAGAUAAUUGACGUGAUCGCUGCACAUAACAGAUUGAAAAAUUUCUGCGACAGACAGAAGGCUAAAGGUUUUCCGAUGCCUAACAGCUGGCCUGUCCUGAUCACAUUCACUGAAGGUGCAAAUGCAAACAUGUCCUGGUUUGUGCCAAAUGAAACAGAAGUGGCUCUUACCAGUGACACAGAUGUGGUAUUGCAAACAAGACCUCGGGGUACUGUUUAUGUCAAAAAAUUCCGGGAAAGACCAAGCAAGCAGACAGGCCAAAAAAAUAAAGACAAGCUGCAAGAAGCCUUGAGACAAGCUGGGAAGUCCUUUGUUAACAACCGCUACUCUGGAGCUGGUUACACUUCCUAUUAUGCUUUGCAGCAGUACAAUGAAAUUUGGAUGACUGCUCUCUAAAUGCCAUAAACAUCCUCAUCCUUAUCUGUUUAUUGCGAACCUGCUGUUGUUCUUCUGAACCUAUCUUCUGAAUCGUCACAUUUCUGAACAGACAUCUAAGAAACAAUAAAAUAGUCCAAAUCAA